AUGGCAGUGUACGAUAUACAAAAACGGCGGCGUCGAUUACCUAUACGAAAAACGACUGACGAGUGCAAUCGCAUAACAACAGAGGUAAACCACGCUCACCUUCGCCGCGCAGAGACGAACGCGGGUUAGUGUUGUUAUCCACGUCUCGGCGGUGGCCGACACCCCCACGCAUUGGCGUGACGCCGCCGAAACGGCCGUUUUCCUCGCAACGGCGACUUGCACACCGCAGCUGAUACGGCGGUGGCUGCUGCCCGACGAAUUCGUCCAUCGUCGGCACCCCCUCCCCCCCGUGAUGAUGUCCGCGCGCUCGCCGAAUUUACCGCCCUGUUCUACACCGUGUUAAUGGCGUACAAACAACCCCGAUCGUACCGUUUUCAUAAUAAUAAUAUCAUGAUUUUUUGUGUAACGGCGCGGAGAAGACAGAAUGAGUGAUAAACUAUACCUAUAUAAAUUAAAUAUUUUGACGAUUCCGUCCGUGAAAAUCGGAAGUUGGAUCGCCAAGGACGGCGGCCAGUGGCCACCAGGUACAAUGACGAACACUAUGAUGCAUUGAUGUGGCCGACGAUGACAACGACAACAACGAAAAACGAUUUCAUUGAAAUACCAUCGUGUUGUACCGUGUUAUCUGCUACUGCCCAAUAGUCGUCGUUCCGUAUUAAUUUUAUUAAUUUAUAAUAAUUUUCUUUAAAAAACUAUAAUGUCAUCCAUCAUGUCUACUGACAAAUAUAGUAUAAUUAUUAUAAGAACGACAUUAUAUUAUGGUGUAUUUAGUAGAUGGUAUUUGUGGUAUUUUAAGUCGAUCAGUCAGUUGGUAAUGUUUUAGUUAAAAUAAUAAAACGAUAGACAACAAUAUUUUUGUGUGAACAAUUGUCCCCUGUAAGCGAUUGAAUUGAAAUUUUUUGAGAGUAAAUUUAAUUUUCACUAAUUAUUAUUGAUUGGCCCCUGGAUAUCGCUCUUUGCUCAUAUUAUCAGUUAAUAAUUAUUAUGCUCUCUGGGUGGUUGGAUGUGGGUUACCAAUGUUAUUUGUAUCACAGAGAAGCUUAAAAAUAAUUAUAUAAUGAAGAUUGAAUAGUGGUUCGGUACUUUUGUACUUUGUGUUCUUUAAAAAAUUCUUUGUACUUCCCUGAAUAUUAUUACGUUUGUUUUUAUUAUUGUUUUAAUUUUCUUGCUAACUAUAACAUUGUAAAUGUUCAAUAUCGUAUGAAUCAUAAUGUGUCAUACCUAAUAUAUAUUAUUAUUUGUUUGUACAGAAACUAAGUAUAAAAAAUUUGUUUAAACUGUCAGGUAUAGUAACAAUGAUACAAUCAAGUUAGGGUAUUAUUAUUGAAAGUAGAACGGUGGGUAAACUAAUGGUUGACGAUAGUAGGAUCUACCUAUCUGUUUUUUAAUCUAUUGUAACCUUUUGUCCAAUUGUCGAAAUUUCGUAAGUUCAUCUAAUACCAUUAUACUAUGUUCUAAAUGGGACUCAUCAACAUGGUACAUACCUGAGAUUAGUCAUUUUAAAAUUGAUGACCUAGUACCACAGUUAGAAAUUUAUGGGUUACUUUAUUUUGAUCCAAUUCUUGAAUUAGUACUUAAAAAAAUAAUACUAUGAAACAAAAAUAUGAUUUUAGAUUCUAAGCAUAGCGAGAGAGCUAUUGGUUUUACUAAGAUUUAAAUUUUUUUAUUAUUUCUUCUAGUCUGUGAUCAUUUCUUUUUUUUGAAAGUACUAAAUUGUACUUUAUAGAGGUCAUUUUUUGAUUUUCUACGCCACUUUUUAAAUAAAAGCACUUAAGUGGGAAAAAAACGUAGGAAAACGUACAAUUUCAUGAUUUCAUUAUUUUAUAAAAACACGGAUAACACGUUUUCUACCAGAAAAAAUGAUUUUACCGAAAAAUCACAAGGCUCUACUUUUUUGUUGCCUUUUUGAUUUACUUACAGUAUCAAAACUUUUGAGCUUUUAAGGAAUUUUAUUUUUUGGGAGUUUUUGCUGUAAUUUGGUUAUAAAAAUACCCUUGAAACUUUAUAUUAAUACUUAUAUUGGACUUACCUAGAUGUAGUAAAAUUUCCAAAAUCAUCUUUUUUUUUUUUUUUGAAUGUUUUGAAAUUCAAUUGAAAAGAAAAUCGGAAAAAUAAAUAAAAAUGUGGGCACUUUAAAUUAUAUAUGAUCGAACUGCACUCAGAAUCGUCUUUCAUCAAGCAAUGGUGUUCAUCAAAACCCUUUCUAUUUUCAUCAUUAGUUCAAUAUAAUAUUUAGAAAAUUACUGAAGUUUCAGUCAAAUUUAUAAAUGAACUUCUUUCAUAAAAUAUUUUCAAGAUUUUAGUGGUUCAAAAAUUUUCCUUUUAAAUUUAGACAUGAUAAUUAAAACCCAAAUGCCACUGUUUAAAUUCUUUGUAGCUAAUUUUGUUUUAUUUUUACAGUUGGUGAAUGUAUUUUCUAAAAUCAUAUUAACAUUCACUUAAAAUCGACUAUAAAAUUAAAAUUUGAAUUUCAAUGCUAUUAAAAUAACUCAACUGUCUAUUUAUUAAAUUAGCAUUUAAAAUGUAUGUUUUAUGCUUUACCAACAGGAAGCUAAAAUGUAUAAAAAUUUGUUUUAAUUUAGCUAAUAGGUAUAAUUAAAAUUAUUAGUUUUAUAUACAAUUUUGGUAUAGGUAUUAUUAUUUUAAUUAAUAUUGUAAUAAUUAAAACUGUAUUUUUACAUUAAUUUACCUUGGUAGUAAAUAUUUAUUUUAUUAUUAUAAACAAGAAUAAUGAUGGAAUCAACUAUAUUCUAAAGUCCGUAAUGUAAACUUUGUACAAGUCAGUAAUAUGUUAGCAAUGCAACACCUUUCUACUUGAAAUAGUUGUUUUAAAAUAAUUAUCAGAGAUUAUAUAUUUACUAUUAAUAUUUAAAAAUAUUGUCACUAAGAUUCAGAUUAAGAACUCCUAAUUAUUUGAAUUAGUAUUGUAUUCCAUUUAGAUAUAUUAGUACAAUUAGGUUAAUAAAUUAAUUGAAAUUGAAUAAACACUUUUCUUACCUGUAAGGUCGUUGCAUUGAACCAAUAAUAAUAUGUCUAUUGUUUAAUUUUUGUACUUAAUUUUGUAUUGUAAGUACACUAAAUUUUCACCUGUUAGGUAUAUAGUUACAAUUUAAUUAAUUUAAAUUAGAAAAAAGUUUAUUUAUUUCAAAGAAAAAAUAUUAAGGAAAUAAUUUUAUAACCAUAUUAUUAUUAUAAAUUAUUACUUUUUUGAAUGGAAUAUUUUAUAUUUUAUGUUUCAGAUUAAAAAAAAAGAGCACCUGAUUUUGAAGACCAGACUAGUUUAUAAAUUAUUGGUUUAUUGCAAAUAA